AGCGCUCAACACGCAACCUAAUAAAUGUUUGCAUUCUAAUUAAAUUUUACUGUUUAGAAUCUCUCAUCCAGCGAGGGCUUGUCUGCUUCUUCUACAGCGUUCAGGUCUUCAGUUCGAGGAGAAGAAGUUGGAUUUGUUCAAGGGAGAUCAUCUUAAAACAAAGGAACUACCUUUAAAGAAGAUCCCUGUAUUAAUUGACAAUGGAUUUGUUCUGGCUGAAUCCACCACAAUACUAAGAUAUAUUGCCUUGAAAUCAGGUGAUCAAUCGGUGUACCCUGCUGAUAUCCAAGCAAGAACCAAGAUUGAUGAAUGCCUGGAUUUCUGGCAAUCCUCACUCAAUGCUAAUGUACUACGCCUUGUUCAGAAUAAACUCAUGUGGAAGUUGAUGUUGAGAAGAAAGGAACCGGAUCAUAAACUUAUUCAAGAAAUAAAUAAGCUUCACACGAUGAACAAGAAGGCAUUCAAUUCAUACUUUCUGUCAGGAAAACCAUUCGUAGGUGGAGAUAAUGUUUCAAUAGCUGACCUAUUAGUGGCUGUAACCUUGGAACAAUCUACGAUAGCAGGAGUUGAUAACAGUGCAGAACAAGGGUUUAUAUCCCGCGUUAAACAGGAGUUUAAAGAAUAUGAUUCUGUUCAUGAGGACCUUGGUAAAUUAAUUGGCAGGCUUGAACAGAUGAAAAUGUUGUAGUGCAGAAUGUGUUUAUAUGUAAAAAUGGGUGUUAAAAUUUAAAAUAUUUUUCAAAUUUUAAUUGUGAAUAAAGACUGGUUUAUUA